AUGUCAUACAUUAACAAUCCUGCAGUCGUUAUGGACAACGGUACCGGUUUGACCAAGCUAGGGUUCGCCGGUAACGAUUCUCCUUCAUGGAUUUUUCCCACCGCCAUUGCUACUUCCCAAGGUGGCUCCAGUUCCAAUGCUAAGAAAUCUAUGUCCUCCUCAGCUGCCUCAUCAGCAACCGCAGGAAAUCCAUAUUACGGUAACUCUACAUCGGCCACUUCUUUCAAUGAUAAUAACUUAUCCAGCAUGUUGUUAUCUAAUAACCUUGCUGGUAAGAGAGGUACCGAGGAUUUAGACUUUUAUAUUGGUAACGAGGCAUUAGUAGCAUCACAAGGUCCAUCAUAUUCGUUAUCAUAUCCAAUUAGACAUGGACAAGUGGAGAAUUGGGAUCAUAUGGAAAGAUUCUGGGAAAAUUCCAUCUUUAAAUAUUUGAGAACAGAACCAGAAGACCAUUUUUUCCUUCUUACUGAACCACCUUUGAAUCCACCUGAAAAUAGGGAACAAAUCGCUGAAAUCUUCUUUGAAUCAUUCAAUUGUGCUGGGCUGUACAUUGCUGUGCAAGCAGUGUUGGCGUUGGCAGCAUCAUGGACCUCUUCUAAAGUAACAGACAGAUCGUUGACUGGUACAGUUAUUGAUUCAGGUGAUGGUGUUACUCAUGUCAUCCCAGUUGCUGAAGGUUAUGUUAUUGGGUCAGCCAUUAAGAACAUUCCAAUUGCUGGUAGGGAUAUUACUCUAUUUAUCCAAUCAUUAUUAAGAGAACGUGGGGAAGCAGACACGUCUUUAAGAACAGCUGAAAGAAUCAAGCAAGAAUAUUGUUAUGUGUGUCCCGAUAUCGUGAAAGAAUUUAAUAAAUUUGAUAGAGAUGGUGAAAAAUUUGCUCAAUUUGUGGUAGAAAAUCAAGAAUCUACAAGGAAGAAGAUUGUUGACGUUGGCUAUGAAAGAUUCCUUGCACCAGAAAUUUUCUUCAACCCAGAAAUUGCUUCAUCUGAUUUCCUAACACCUUUGCCUACAGUGGUGGACCAAACUAUUCAAGCUUGUCCUAUUGAUGUGCGUAAGGGUCUUUAUAAUAAUAUUGUCCUAUCUGGUGGUUCUACCAUGUUUAAAGACUUUGGUCGUCGUUUACAAAGAGAUUUGAAGGGUAUCGUGAAUAACAGAAUUGCACAAAGUGAAAUGUUGAGUGGUACCAAAUCUACAGGGGUAAAUGUUCAAGUGAUCUCACAUAGAAAGCAAAGAAAUGCUGUUUGGUUUGGUGGUUCAUUAUUAGCCCAAACCGCUGAAUUUAAAGGUUACUGUCAUACAAAGAAAGAUUAUGAUGAAUAUGGACCGGAGAUUGUUAGAAAUUUCAGUCUUUUCAACAUGGUUUGA